AUGAACAAGUGUUACGGCAUGUUUUUUUUUUUUUUUUUAGAAAUGAGCUCCUCAGAUUCAAUAAACAAUGCUCACUUCGGAAUCACACGAGCAGAAAACGCAAAGCACGUGGCCCCCGCCACCCACUCCCCCGCAGUUUGUACACGUUCCCUACUUAUUUGUUAUAGGCAGUUUGUACACGUUCCCUACUUAUUUGUUACAGGCAGUUU